AUGGUGGUGUAUAUGGUGGGGGUGAUCAUGGUGGCUAUUAUGGCGGUGGUAGGUAUGGUGGGGGUGAUAGGGGUGGUGGUCGUGGUUAUAUGGGGUGGUUAUGGCAAUAGCGGAAACGGUAGCUAUAGUGUUGGCGAUGGUGGUGGUGGUUCUAGGGUUUCAUAUUGGAUAAGUGCGGAUAUUACGAGUGACAAUAGACUAGUGAUAUUUGUUGCAACAUGGAAUGUUGGUGGAAAAUCUCCACCGAGUUACUUAAAUCUCGAAGAUUGGCUUCACACCGCACCUCCCGCCGAUAUUUACGUUCUCGGCUUUCAAGAAAUAGUCCCUUUGAACGCCGGAAACGUAUUGGGCACGGAAGAGAAAGGCCCAGCAAGAAAAUGGCAAGCACUCGUUCGAACAUCUCUCAACAAUCUUCCCAAUCCGACCGACCAAGACUUCGAACAAGGGUCAAAUCAAGAUGGCAAAGACUCGUAUUACUUGCACCGCCCUUCGUUGCAGUCGAUGAGCCGCAGCAUGAGAAUGACGUCGCGGAGUGGCAUUUCGACUACGCCUCGCGCCGCGAACCUCGACCGUCGGUUCAGUGUGUGCGAUCGGGCGAUCUACGGCCACAGAUCGAGCGGCGAUUCGUCCGAUGAUGACGAUGGUGAUUAUCAAGAUGGAUCGAGAGAUUCUUCUUACACACAUCAUUACUCGUCGCCCGUCUUUAUUGAAGACAGAGAUCCUAGGUUGUCUAGAUACUGUCUGGUUGCUAGCAAGCAGAUGGUUGGGAUAUUUCUCAUGGUCUGGAUAAAGAGUGAUUUGAAAGAACAUGUUCGAAAUUUGAAGGUGUCUUGCGUCGGCAGAGGGUUGAUGAGAUAUCUCGGAAACAAGGGUUCGAUUUCGAUAAGCAUGUCUUUGCACAAAACGAGCUUCUGCUUUGUUUGUAGUCAUUUAAGCUCGGGGGAGAAGGACGGUGACGAGUUGCGAAGGAAUGCUGAUGUCAUGGAAAUUUUGCGGAAAACGAGGUUCCCGCAAAAUCAGGCAGAGGGAGAUUACGAGAGCUCUCCUCAAACAAUUCUUGAUCACGAUCGAGUGAUAUGGCUUGGGGAUUUGAACUACAGAAUCGCGCUCGCUUAUCGAUCUGCAAAGGCUCUUGUCGAAAUGCGAAACUGGAGAACUUUGCUAGAAAAUGACCAGCUUCGGGUAGAGCAGAGUCACGGACGUGUUUUCGCAGGAUGGAACGAAGGGAACAUAUAUUUCCCUCCUACAUAUAAAUAUUCAAAUAAUUCAGACAGAUACGCCGGCGAAAAUACGCGCCCUAAAGGGAAACGAAGAACACCUGCAUGGUAAUUUUAUUUUCCGAUAAAAUUCAUACCCUUUUUAUACAUCACUUAUCCCAUUUUUUAUCUUUCUUUUUUUU